ACCCUUAGUUAUCAUCAUGUCAAAAAACAUGGCGGAGGAAACAAACCGACUUGUUGCUUGGUAGCUCCAAAACAAGGAAUUUGCAGGAAAAUUUAACGACUUUUGACAUGUUUUUACGAGCGUACGACUUUUUGAUAAUAAGAUGAAUCAGUAUAGAAAUGUUAGCGCGUCGUCAUCGACGGGACUGGGUGGAAAACCUAAGAGUUCCCCUGCGGUCAGCUCCACCACCCUGGCUGCCGUGGCCUUCCAGGACCACAUCAUGCGCAACCUGUCCCUGUCUGACCCUCUCAGGACCAGACCACGCCUGCCGGUCAAGACUCACCACCACAGACCCAGACACAUCCGGCCUGUAGUGGACACCAGGAGGAGGAGACCCAGCUCUGACACUAAGACCAAAAAAGAAGAGAUAGAAGAGAAGGAAUAUGUGCUGGACCCCAAACCUCAGCCAUUAUCACUGGCCCAGAAGCUGGGUCUUGUGGAGGCUCCUGAGCAGCCCCUGACAGAGGAGGAGUGGCAAAGUGUGAAACACCGCGCCUGUCACCGGGACGACCACACCCAGCCCUGCGUCAUCUGUAAGGAAGACUUCGGCACACAAGAACAGGUCCUCCUGUCCUGCUCCCAUGUGUUCCACAAGGCUUGUCUCCAGGCUUUUGAGCGCUUCAGCGGUAAGAAGACGUGUCCACUGUGCCGGCGCGACCAGUACCAGACUAGAGUCAUCCACGAGGGCGCAAAACAACAUCGGGUCAAGUGUGCCACUAGAAUCCAGGCCUGCUGGAGAGGUUAUGUGGUGAGAUGUUGGUACAGAAAACUUCGACAGACUGUCCCACCGAAGGACCCCAAACUCAGACAGAAGUUUUAUGAAGAAAAGUUUCAGUCCAUCACAGAUCGGAUCGUCCAGUCCUGUGCGUACAACAUCGAUGACUUCCUGUCCGAGAUUGACCGCUCCGUCCAGGCCAGUCGGGACGUCUUCAGGUUCUUUGACGAGACGUCGUGGAAACCGUUAAGUGAAGAGGAGUGGGAGAGGAUACAGCUCAGGGCUGUUGAGAGGGGUGACACAGACUGUCCUAUCUGCAUCAUGCCACUAACCUCUGAAGGUCAUGGGUCAAACGAUGGACCAAUCACAUCACAAGGUCAAACAGCAAGCAGCAAAGCAACUGCUGCCUCAACUACCUCACGGGGUCAAAGGGCAAAUGUCAAAGUGCAGUAGCCAGGGGUCAAAGGGUCAUGUACAUAAGUCAAAGGUUAGGUCAGGAGCAAAGGCUGAUCUAGAGAAGUCAAAGGUUAAAGGGUCUGCACCAGAGGGUGAUGUACAGAGGUCAAAGGUUAUAGGGUCAGCACCAGAGGAUGAUGGUCAGAGGUCAAAGGUUAUGAGGUCAGGAGCAACAGUUGAUGUGCAGAGAAGACCCACAGUGCUCCUGUCCUGCUCCCAUGUUUUCCACAGAACUUGUCUGGAAGCAUUUGAAGAGUUUGCUGUAGGAGAGGGGAAGUUUGUGUGCCCUGUGUGCAGGUCCAGCUACCAGAAGAGAAUAACAUAACAGGCCUCAAAAUACCCUUUUUAUGCAUACCUACAAAUUUACCUGAACCAUUCAGAUCAUUUUGAGACGUAUGGGUCGUACUG